UCAACAAAUCAACAAUAAUAACAAAAAUGCCUUAUAUUUUAUUUAUAUAGAUAGGUUAUGUAUAUGUUUUGGGCGAUAAAGGAUUCUAAGUUAGGACGAAAAAGAAAAAUAUAAAAUGUUUAAUUAUAUCACAUUAAAAGUUUUACCCGCUGUUUGCAAAUUUAGCACUGGAAGAGUUGCAUUCAAAGAACAAUUAAAAAAUGCUCAAAAAUUUAAACCUAGUUCUCAGAUUUGGCUUUCAAGGCAGUUAAAUGACAAAUAUGUUAAACAAGCAAGGAUAGAGCACUACAGGUGUCGCAGUGCAUUUAAACUGAUAGAGAUAAAUAAGUCGUAUAGAAUAUUGCGGCCAGGACAAGUAGUGGUUGAUCUCGGCUGUGCGCCAGGAAGCUGGACUCAAGUUGCUGUAAAAUGUACCAAAGCAGACUAUCCAGAUUCAAAGUCCCUAGUGGUGGGAGUAGACCUGUCUCCAGUACAUCCUGUAGAAGGAUCGGUGUUACUCGGAGGUUUAAACUUCACGACAGAAUCGGCUCAGGCUCAGCUGGCGGAACACCUAGAAGGACGAGCUGUUGAUGUGGUUCUAAGUGACAUGGCACCUUCAGCUAGCGGUGUGAAAUCCCUGGACCACACCAACAUUAUAAGUCUAUGCUAUUCUGCACUACGGUUUGCGGAAAAAAUGUCUUCUCCUGGUGGAUCGCUGGUCAUGAAAGUGUUUGACGGAGGUGAGAGUCCACAGCUGUUGAAGGAUGCCAAGCAGCUGUAUGAAAUUGUUUCAAUCGUUAGGCCAGAGGCUUCUCGCAAAGAGUCUAGCGAAAAGUUUUUUGUGUGUUUGAAAUUUAGGAAAAAUUCUGCUAGGGAAAUACUUGACCAAAAAAAUCCUUAGUCAAUAUUUUUAAAAUAGAUUUCUGCUAUUUUUACGUAAGAUAACUUCAAAACUCUGUUGAUACAUAAACCAUUUUCUUUUUGCUAUUAUAUUAAUAAGGAUAUAAAAAGUACAUUUUAUGAGUUAUUAGUUGAUCUUUUUAAGAUCUUGAAGUUAAUUUAGUAAAUAAUUUAAGUCUGAACUUAAAAUCAUUCAAGGUCAACAAAAGAAUUGCAUAAAAUGAAAAAUCUUUAUCCAAAAAAUUAGGCUAUGGUUUUAUCUAUACACAAGAUCCUACAAGUUAUUACAAAUAGUUAUUUUAUGUUCAUCUUCAGGUCACUUUCAAUAAAUUUAUAA